AAUUCUUGAUUAAAUAGCUUCCCCUUUAAUGGCUUUUGCAGGGGAAGUUGCACCUCCUAGGUCCUGCCAGCAGCAGCUCUCCCCAUCAUGACAGCUGCCCGGUGCCUGGUGGCCAGGGCAGCCAGCCUUAGCUUCUUGCUCCUGCUUUCCUUCUGGCCGGACCCAGGUGUGGGAGCUAAGGAGCUGAAGUUUGUGACGCUGGUUUUUAGGCAUGGAGACCGGAGUCCCAUUGAAACCUUUCCUAAUGACCCCAUUAAAGAAACCUCCUGGCCACAAGGAUUUGGCCAACUCACUCAGUUGGGCAUGGAGCAGCAUUAUGAACUUGGAGAGUAUAUAAGGAAAAGAUACGGAAAAUUCUUGAAUGAGUCCUAUAAACAUCAACAGGUUUAUGUUCGCAGCACAGACAUUGACCGGACGUUGAUGAGUGCCAUGACAAACCUUGCAGCCCUGUUUCCCCCCAAGGGUAUUAGCCUCUGGAAUCCCAACCUGCCCUGGCAGCCCAUCCCAGUGCACACAGUCCCUCUUGUGGAAGAUCGGUUGCUAUUCCUGCCUUUCAAGAACUGCCCUCGUUUUCAAGAACUAGAGAGGGAGACUUUGAAAUCGGAGGAAUUUCAGAAGAGGCUGCAGCCUUACAAGGAUUUUAUGGAAACGUUGCCAAAAUUGUCAGGAUACCAUGGCAAGGACCUUUUCGGAAUUUGGAGUAAAGUCUACGACCCUUUAUUUUGUGAGAGUGUUCACAAUUUCACGUUACCCUCCUGGGCCACAGGGGACACCAUUACUAAGUUGAAAGAAUUGUCAGAAUUGUCCCUCCUGUCCCUGUAUGGAAUUCACAAGCAGAAAGAGAAAUCUAGACUACAGGGGGGUGUCCUGGUCGGUGAAAUCCUCAAUCAUAUAAAGACAGCAACUCAACCAUGGAACCACAGAAAACUUAUCAUGUAUUCUGCACAUGACACUACUGUAAGUGGCCUACAGAUGGCGCUAGAUGUUUUCAAUGGAAUCCUUCCUCCCUACGCUUCCUGCCACUUAAUGGAAUUGUACCUUGAGAAGGGGGAGUACUUCGUGGAGAUGUACUAUCGGAAUGAGACUCACCAUGAGCCAUAUCCCCUCACGCUGCCAGGCUGCACCCCCAGCUGCCCACUGACGAAGUUUGCUGAGCUGGUUGCCCCUGUGAUCCCCGAAGACUGGUCCACGGAGUGUAGAAUCACGAGCAAACAUCAAGUCCUAAGGCUCGCCCUUGCCAUUGCCUUUUGCCUGGUGUCUGGUAUCCUAGUGGUGCUUCUAUUUACCCUCGUCCGCCAUGGGCCCUGCUGGCAGAGAGGCUCCUAUCGGGACAUUUGAACAGACAGCUGAAGAAGGGCGGACGUGCCCACCUUCUGUGAAGCAGCAUCUCUCAGUGACAGAGGAUUCAAAGGACAGUUUCACCAUGUGGGCGCAACCCUGCCCACACUCUUCCUUUUGAGUCUGCCUAGAGCAGGAACUCACAGUGAGUGGCCCAGGGACAGCUGCUGGACUGACUGAUGAAUGAACGCCCAGGUUGCUUGGUUCGGUCUCAUCGCAGUGCAGGCUUCUCAUUCAGCUAGGAAGAAGUUCUCUGCAAGCGACAGUUGUAUUCUCUGGCACAGGUGUCCAGACAGAAACAAGAAGUCAAACUCCAAUCAACCUGUAGCCUGCAAAGAUCAAAAGGUUACAAGGUGUGGCAAAGACAUAGAUUAAAGAGGCCUGGAUAAUGGAAGGGGGGGAUUAGAUUAGCAGUAGAAUUAUAUAGGAUGAUUCUUAAAAAAAAAUAAGACCCAAUCAGAAGGUUUAAUAAAUUUGGUUGUGUGGUGUGUUUUUUUCCAGCCACUAAGUAGGUUUAAUACAAAUGCACACACACACACACUCUGGAAAAGCAACUCCUACCCUGUGUUUGAUAGCCAACACAUACAUACACAUAUCUAUAUUGAAAAUGCCUAUAUUUGAUUAUCAGAAACUGUAAUAUCAACUAUUUUAGUUGUAGCUCAGAUCAUUUUCCCCAUAAUUUUUAUCAUGGGGAAUAACUAGAAAAUCUACGUACCCCUGGUUCUUCUUCUUUUUUUUUUUUUUUUUUUACCUCAACCAUCAGAGCUCGAUAUUUUUGAAGAUCUGAUUUCUUUAUUUCAUUUUAAAAUUAAGAGAUUUCACUUUGAUAAGGGCUAUUCAUAGCCACUGUGAAAUGAUAAUGUAUUUUAAUUGCUGCAAAUAGAUCUGAAUUUCUCAAGUGGUGAGGUAGAUAGAAAAGUAGAUUGAAGGAUGAUGACCGAUGAUGAGCCUCAGCUCCGUGCUAGCUUUAGGCCAAGUUGGAACAAAUGUUUUAAAAUCUAAAACCUUGGCUUCAUAAUCUAGAAAUGAAGAGUCCUGACUCUUCACAGAAGUCACAUCUAGUUCUCAUGGUCUAUGAACAAUGUGUUUUUUCAUUUUGUACUCUGGAUUGGUCAUUGUCCAAGCAAACACUUCCACGAAUGGUACCAUUGUAGUAAGCCUGAAAUUUAUUCUUAACAAUUAUAUUCUGCAUUGAGCUUCACCCAUCCAGUUGGUGGAAAAUUUGAUUUCCUUCAUUGGUAGCGUUCUUCACCUCCUUGGGUUCACCUAAAAGUCCCAGAGUGUACCUAGUGGAAAGAGUCAGGGGAGGGUCCAGUAGAUUGCUGUCCACACUGGUCUCCAAUCAGCUCACUUUCCAUUCCCACGUGGUGCUCUAAAGGUAGGGCAUCGGUACCAUGACUCCCAAGGCUGUGAACACAGUUGGAGCUCAUCAGCCUGGCAUUGUCCAGUCCCCUACUGGGGUGUUACCUGCAGGCAGUGCUGGGAUCUCCCACCAGCAUAGAACCCGCUGCCCCCAGAACCCUACCCCAUUUUUUAGUCUUAGUCUCAGAAACCUUCCUCUCCCCUUGGAUUCCACAGCUUCCACUGUUAAACUCCAAGCACUUACCUCUCAUCCUCAAUUUCUGCUUAAUUCUCACUGAGCUAUGGCUAUUACAAACAAAAGCCUGAGAAGUUGUCUUCUCUUGCCAGGCACCUGCUGCUUUCUGUGGGAACACAGGAGGCACAUAGGCAAGAAAUACAAGAUUUGACUACGUUCUCAGCUUGGGGAAAGGCAAAACAUCUAUAGCAGCAAGAAGAAAGAGCACAUUUCUGUCUCCACAAAGUAGCCAGCCAUAUCAGUAGGGAAGUCACAAUAUCCUAUGGUAAUAAGUGACGAGACUUUAAAAUAGAAGUAUGAAUAGAACCGCAAGUCAUGGAUUUUCUCACUCAUUCAACCAACAUCUAUGGAAGACCUACUGUUUGCUAAUCUCUGGCCUAGAUGCUAAAUUGUCCAUCCCUAAUUGUUUAUUAAGGUGUUUGGCCCCAACAACUAUUUUAUACAGGGUUGACAGAAUGUGAAAGUAAAAGCUUUCACACCUUUUCUUCAUAUCUUUUCUUACCAUAAGCAGCUAAAAGGACCUCUAGUUACUAUUGUUCUGAGAGAUUUUUAACAUCCCCCUGUUCUCUUCCUCUACCAUCUCUUGAUUGCUGUAAAGAAAGUUCUCACUCCCAACUUAGCUGUUACUUUUACCUUCCACAGAACUAUGCUGUUGACCAAUGCUGUCAUUGUUUUUUCAUACUUCAUGGCAGAACUCGCAUGUGACAAAUGAAAAUUCGAAGUGACAAAUGAUCUAUAGUGAUAAAGCAAAGAGCACAAAUGUACUGUAACAUUCCUCAGGAAAUAAGUUAAUCAUCCAAUUUCCAUAGGAAAUUAUCUCUACUGAUAAAAGGGACUUUUUCAGAUGGGUCCAGUUGACACGAUGAUAAAUAUUGUAUGAAAAACAAUUGCUAGGGUUGAGAUAAGCUCUGCUCUGAAAUGUAUUCCCCACAUUUGAACCACUGGAGAGGCCUUUGAGCAGAAUUAGAAUAUUGCAAUAAUUACUAUAUCAAUGUAGGGACAUUCCCUGCCAUAAAAAUUAUCAGCAAUGUAUAUGUAGGAAAGUUCUAAGGAAAAGCUGAGGUAGAAUAUUCCUAGCUAGAAUGGUAUUGCAUAAAGAAAGUAUUAAGAGAACAUGAUUCAAAAAGAAUAAUUGGAAGAGUACAGCAUUAGAGACAAACAUUUUACUGGAAGUCAUUCAAACAAGAAAACUUUUUAAUAUUAAAGCUGGCAUUUUUUUUUCCUGAUCACAUUCCUUAUUCUCUCAAUGUUCUGUUUUCUGUCUUGUUCUAAUAUUGUUGGCAUUGAUUCUCUCUUCAUAGCCGGUGGGGGUGGGGGGGGGAUUUCUUGGUAAGUGAAAGCCCAAGUGUUAGUUUUCUCUUUUAAAACUUUCUUUUUAGAAACUCUACUUGAACAAUAAGGGCUACAUAUAUACACUAAAGGAGUAAUAGAAAUAUAAUGCAAGCCACAAAUACAUAUGGGAUUUCAAAUUUUCAAAAGGUAAAAAUAAUGAAAUUAAUUCUAAUAAUAAAAUUUAUUUAACCAGUGCAUCUAAACUAUCACUUCAACGUAUAAUCAUUAUUUUAAAAGUUUAUUAAUGAGACAUUUUACAGUUUUUUUUCAUACUAAAUAUUUGAAAUCUGAUGAGUGUUGCACCCUCACACACAUCUCAAUUUGGACUAGGCACAUAUCAAGUCUCAAUAGCCACAUGUGGCCAGUGGCUGCCAUAUUGGACAGUACCACUUUAGACCAUUAGAUGGCAAUCCUUUGAAGCAGAGAGAAUGUAUUUGUUAUAAUUUGUAAAAUCCACUUUCAGGUUAUUGUGAAAAAAUAAAAGUCAAAUUUUUAUGUCUAUCUCUUAAUAUUUUUGCAUGUUUGCUGAAUCAAUAAAAGAUUUUUCUGAAAUGUU